CUAAGUUAACUUUGUACUUGCGGGAUGGAGAUGCCGCCUGUCGCGACCCCAUAAACGUUAGGACCUACUCUCUGUCGUCACCAAUCCCUCUCAAAACCUCCGUGGACGGAGGAGUCUGGGCAAGGUCGCCGCAUCCCACACACACACACUCCCCCUCAACGAACCCCGAUUUCUCCUUGACCUGCUUCUACUGUCCCGCGGUCACGCAAUCCGAGCCUCCUCGUCGCAAUUCCCCGGAAAGCAGCAAAGACACCGACUACGCUUGUUGGGUUAGCCAUCAUGGGUGGCGGGCGCAUCGACUGCUAUCUCGACAUAGCCUCCCUCUUUAGCUAUGUCGCCUUUGUCGACCUCAUCGGCAACCUCGACACGCUCGCCGCACAUGGGGUAAAGGUCGAGUUCCACCCCGUCUUCCUGGGCGGCAUCAUGCAGGCCUCGGGGAACCGGCCGCCGUGGAUGCUCCCGGCCAAGGCCAAGUACCUCUCGCACGACUCGCGCCGCGCCAUGGCCGCGCGCGGCAUCACCGACUGGGCCUCGCCCCCGAACCUCAUGGAGCUCGCCCGCACCCAGUCGCCCCUGCGCGCCCUCCACUACAUCAAGGCCAACUUCCCGCCCGCCGCCCUGCACGCCACCCUCGCCGCCCUGUUCCGCCGCUUCUGGGCCCCGCCGCACGCAAACUUCACCGACGACGCCGUCCUCGCCGCCACCCUGGCCGAGGUCGUCGUCGUCGACGAUGGCGGCGGCAACAACAACAACCCCCAGGACCGGAGGAGGUUCUUCUCGGACGAGCAGGUGCGGGCCAUCAUGGCCGCUAGAGACGGCAUGAAGGACUCCCUCAAGGAGGAGACGGGCAGGGCCCUCGAGCUGGGUGCCUUUGGCGCCCCUUGGAUCUGGGUCACCAACGAGGCCGGCAAGGCGGAGCCCUUUUUCGGCAGCGAUCGUUUUGCACAGAUUUACAAGCACCUUGGCAUUGCGUAUCAAGACGUGAAGAUUCUGGAUCCGGGAGCCAAGCUGUGAGGGGAUCCCGCCAUCGAUGGAACUUGGAAGCGUGCAUGGCAAAAAUCUAGCUCUUGUAAAUUGACCGCCAUAUGAACAGAUAGGAUACAUGGUUUCAACUGUCAUGUAGAAUAGGAGUUACAAAAUCGCUUCAUGUGCUGGGAAAGUAAAGUACGCGG